AUGACCUCACUAAAGAUGAACUGGACACAGCUCAACUUCGACAGGAGGUCAAGGACCAAAAGGAGUAUAUCCCGAUUAGAAGUCAUAACUAAUAACCCAACAACAAUCCCCACGUACAGGACAGCUUCAUUCGCAAUCAUGGUUGUUCUUGCAGCUUCUAUCUGCACGCGUGGUGGAAAGGCGGUCCUGUCUCGACAGUUCCGUGAGAUGCAGCGAUCCCGAAUUGAGGCGCUGUUGGCAUCCUUCCCUAAGCUGGCGGACACCGGAACCCAGCAUACAACCGUGGAGCAAGACAAUGUCCGCUUCGUCUACCAACCCCUAGAUGAACUGUACAUGGUCCUCAUUACCAACCGACAAUCCAACAUCCUCCAAGACAUCGACUCUUUACACCUGUUCGCACAAGUUGUCACGAGCACAUGCAAGACUUUAGAUGAGAGGGAGAUAUUGAAGAAUGCUUACGAGUUGCUAAGUGCUUUUGAUGAGCUGGUCACCCAGGGUUACCGAGAGAACCUUACCAUCAGCCAGAUCAAGACAUUCUUGGAGAUGGAAAGUCACGAAGAGCGCAUACAAGAGAUCAUCUCAAGGAACAAGGAACUGGAAGCCACCGAGGAGCGAAAGCGCAAAGCCAAGCAACUGGAGAUGCAGCGCAAAGAGGUUUCAAGAAGUGGCAGAAAUGCAAUCCCCCGAGCUCCUGCCUUUCCUACAUAUACCCCUACAACUCGAUCUACGGUUCCCGAUACAUAUGAUUCCUAUGAGGCGGAGAAGAACAAGUCUUUCAAAGCGAGUGCGCCAAAGGGCAAGGGAAUGCAAUUGGGUAAGAAGUCGAAGACAACCGAUAUGUUUGAGCGUGUGAGGGGUGAUAUGGGUGCGGAAGUCGAGGACUCGGCUUCGACUCCACUGGUACCUAACAACCCAACAACUGUUGAGCACGCACCAGCACAGCCCUCCCGAAUUUCUUCGUCACUGGAUCGUGACGCGAUCCAUGUCUCAAUUGCUGAAACCAUAUCUGCGAAGCUCUCCAGAGAAGGUGCCUUGAAUUCGAUAGAGGUCAAGGGGGACUUGCAAUUGAAGAUUUCUGAUCCAAGCCUGACCAAGGUCAAGCUAGAUCUUAUCGCCAACUCGAGUCAUGGUGUACAAUUCCGAACACAUCCCAAUGUUGACAAGGCUCUCUUCAACAGCUCGAAGGCGGUUCAAAUGACCAAUGCUACAAAGGGAUUCCCAGUCAAUAACUCUGUUGGUGUCCUUCGAUGGAGAGCUGUACCCAAGGCAGACGAUUCCAGUGCUCUUCCCAUAUCAUUCACUGUUUGGGUGAACAAGGGCUCUGACGACAGCUGUAACGUUACCGUCGAGUACGAGCUCACAGGCGGUGAUACCUUGAAGGAUGUUGCUGUCGUUAUCCCCUAUGCCACAAGCGAGCCUGCUGUCUCAAGUUUUGACGCCACGUAUGAGGUUACCGGAGAUAGCUUGGAGUGGACAGUUGGCACAGUAGAUGAGGACAACGCAACUGGCUCAUUUGAGUUUGAGAUUCAAGCCGACGACGAGAACGAAUUCUUCCCCAUGCAGGUCAGGUUCAGCAAGACCAAGCCUUUCAUCGAUGUUGAUGUCACCAAUGUUACGCUGCUUGAGAUGGACGAAGCUGUGACCUUUUCUAAAGAAAUCAAAUCGGUCGCCGACUCGUACAUAAUUGAGUGA